AUGUGCUCAAGUCAAGCGAUUGUGCGUCGGCCACUGUUCUCCAAGUCGAACAUCGAGCUCAUCAAUGCAUUGCGAGCAAACUUCGCCGCCUACCAACAUCAUCAUUCUCUGAGUGGCGCAAACCAAGAAAUUUCCGAUUACCGGCAUUGGACACACCAGGAUAAUGAUACACUUUAUGUACCCUCGUGGCGGCCGACGCCACUGACCGAACCUCGCGAUUCCUACGAUGUCACGGCGAAGCUGUUCUUUUUGCCCUCCAUACCAACCGAGCGGCGGUGCAAGCAUACCCGAGAAGCCAUAGAUUUGGUGCUGAAAGAAUUGGGCAUUGAGAGCAUUGACUUGCUGAUUGUGAGUUAUCCCGGUGUAAGCCUUGACGCGGAUGACGAGGAUGAGGGUUCUGCGGACGAGGACGAGAGCGCGAGGAGCGACGAGACUCAGGGAUUGGAUGCGCAGGUGAGGACAUGGCUGGUUUUGGAAUCGCUGCACGAACAGGGCGUGAUCUCGCAACUCGGAGUGUCAGAGUUCAGUUCAGAACGCCUCAGCAAAUUUUUACCCAAGGUCAAAGUGCGGCCGACGGUGGACCAGAUCAAUGUCAAGGAUUGCUGUGUAGUGCCCAAGUCCCUCAUCGUGUAUGCCAAAGAAAACAAUAUCGAGUUGCUGACUCAUGCCGACUGUACGGAUAUUCUUCCCCCGGGAACAACGAGGGAACUCCUGGGUCCUGGGAAGGACAGUGCAAAUAUCAUUGCCGCACGUCCAGACGCCGGUCCCGAAGACCUUGGUUUGAAGGGCGAUAUUGAACUUCAGUGGGUGGUCAAAUAUACAGCCGUGGUAAAGAACCGCGGUGUCAUUGAGAACAAAGGAUACUUUGCCGUAGGGCAGUUAGGCAGUUGCAUUGAGGAGAAGCCGGCUCAGUCAGCAUAA